AUGUUGGGAAUCAAUGUCAGAACGAAAGGUAGCGCCAAGCGUCUUCGCGAAUUGCGAGACGGUCUCAUAACAUGUGUCAGGUCCAUGCCAGAUGGCCCGCUCCGAGAGCCGCUUUUGGAGCGUUUGCAUGAGAUGGGCAGCAAGCUUUCUGCCCGAAGCCAGGCAUCCUGGCAGCCGCAGCUCAGACAGGUUGUAGAGAUGCUGAGCUAA